UUAUGAGCAGCUUCGAUAGUCCCUCAAUGGUAUUACCUUCUAAUUAUUAGAGAAUUCUAAGUAUAGCAGGCAUAAAGGUUAUUUAAAAUGGGAGCUUGCUAAUAAAGACGUUAAAGGGGGAUUUGAUGCUCAAGAACUAUAAGUUGAAAAAGGAGUCAUAUCAAGAGAUCGACAAGCUAACUCAGUUAUGGUACCUUCAAAAAAAUCUGCUUAAGCAUCAUAACUUAGUCCAGAACCAUCAAUAACAAAGGAACAUGUCUGUUGUGAUAAAUUAGAUGAAUUGAGUUAGUAAUAUGUAAUAAUAAAUAAAUAUGUCUAGUAACUAAUCAUUAAUGAGCAAAUGAAUAAAUUAACCGAAUUAAAUUUGCUCAUAUAGCAGCAUUCUAAAUUAUUAAUUGAUUCUUACAAUUAAGGAUUAGAGGAUGCUAAAGCACAAUAAUAAAAAGAAUCUCAAAUUCUGGAAAAUAAUCGAUUGUUGAGAGAAAGGGAUAGAUAGAUUUAAGAAUGGGAAGAAAAAUAUAAUAAGGAGAAAAAUUUUGGAGAUGAAAAAGAGGAAGAGAUAAGGUAUACUUAUGUUUUCAUAUUAUAGUGAACUUGAAAAAUAACUGAAGGCGUUGACAACAUAAGUUUAGGUAACAACAAGCUCUGCGGAUUUAGAAAAUGAGAAAAAUUAAUGGAAAAAUAAAUUUAUCACAUUAAAUAAACAGUUUAAUGAAACAGAAUAAUAGGUAGUUGUACUUGAAAAUGAGAUUGAUAUGUUAAAAUAAUAACAGAAAAAAACUUCAGUUAGAGUAAUUAAUUUAUUUGAGUUUUAGACAACCACAAGAAGAAAAACAGUUACAAAGGAUGCUCCCCAACCAUGAUAAUUUGAUAUCACCCU